AUAAAAGGAAGGAUGCUGUAUGAUUCCAUUUAUACAAUUUUGUAUCAACUCUAUUGUUUAGGGAUGCGUACAAAAGUGAUAAAGCUAUAAAGGAAAGCGGUGAAGUGAUUAUUACAAAGUCAGAGCAUUGACUAUAUCCAUAUAGGAGAGUGUGGGUUGUUAUUGGGAGGAGUACAGCGGCUGUAUUCUGGAAGGCUGGCAGUCAUCUAUUGCUUGACCUUGGUCCUGGUUACAUAGGUGUCUGCUUUUGUAAAAUAAUCUAAACCAUACAGAUAAGUUUUAUGCACUCUUCAAAUUUCAGAUUUGAAAAAUUCUUGCUCCAGAAAACGUAAUAGAAAGAAAAGUAUGUGGAGUAGAAAUUUUGAUGAGGUUCAAAUAGCUACGGAUGAAAAACUCGAUCCUCCAGUCAAGAGACCAAGUGUCCACUGUCAUUAAAAGAGGGCGAGAGAGCUGGGAGUCUUUAAACAACAGGUUACACCUCCCCCCCAACCCACCACCAAUCUAUUCAUCACUCUAAGCCUUCUCAUCUCAGAUAUUUCACCCUAUAUUUGUGUCAAUUCCAAACUCAUUCGUGACAGACAAAUUGGAGGAUUGUCGUCAUCAUUAAUAAGGUCAUUAGGCACCACAGGCCCAGCAAGACUGGGCCACCACACUUAAAUGCUAGCAGGUACACCAGGGUGAUUGGACAAGAUCUGUGCACCUUACUUGGCAGAGUCCAUUUCAGUGACUGAGGGUUUAACCUUAACACAUUUAACUGGAAUUCCUGCUCAGAGAAUGUGCUGGAGAAUGCAGAAUAAAGUGAGGAAUGCCCUCAAUGUGCUAUGAGAGUGGACAUGAAAUUUAUUAUGGUACAACCGAUGGCGGAAGGGCAAAGAGUUGGUUUAGGUUGUGCACUGUAUAGGGAGAAGCCAGGAGUGGGUUGGGUUUUUUCCAGAUUUCAAUAUAAAUUGUUUCAUCCUCCAGACUUUGCAUUUCUAGGCUGAACAAUGCUGAUCUGUUUUGGUCGCAUCUCUCACUCAUUCUAACCUCUGUAUCAGCAGACAAAAAUUGAACUAUGUGGCAAAUUGUACCGAGGACUUUGCUCAAGACAAUUGUGAGUAUGGAAGUUGUCCCGCGGGGAGGUGGGAAGGGGAAGGACAUUUUUGGCAGAAAUGCCAGCACUAUGGUCGUUUAAUGCUGACACAGAGACAGUUUAUUCUCUCAGGAAUUGUCUUUCAUCCAUCAAUCCAGGCAGGCAGCCAGCCGGUAAACAAAUUUUAACACACAAAAAGUACCAAGCAACUUGUCUAACACUGGGAGGGGCUCGGGUGUGUUUAUUCGGGUAUAUACAAUGAGUCACGGAUUAAAAUUGCUUUUAGCGGAUAGACGCCUAGGUGUUCCACAGCAUUACUGAACUGUCGUCAUUUCCCCAUCACCUCAGAAGACCUCCUUAAUUACUUACGUAUAUUAACCGUAGAACGUAUUUAUGCAUACCAGGCUCUACCUCUGGGCUUUCUAUUCUGUUCCAGAGACCCAGUACCAGAAUAUUUAAAUCACUGUGGCGUUAAAUACGUUUUAAUAUCUGAUAGGGCCAGUUUCACUGCAUUGCACUUUUUUUCCCCCUUUUAGGAACCUGUUCAGACCCGCCGCAGGGGGCGGGGUCGCGCCUCCUCCUCGGCUCUGGUUCCAGCCCAGCCUCUGGGACACAGAGAUGGAAAUCCCGAAGCUGCUCCCGGCUCGCGGGACACUACAGGGCGGCGGCGGCGGUAUCCCCGCGGGUGGCGGCCGGGUCCACCGAGGCCCUGACCCGCCGGCUGGCCAGGUCUCCACGCGCCGCCUCCUGCUGCUCCGGGACCUCCAAGAUGGCGGGCCCGGGCGGCGGCGCAAGGAGGCCCGCAGGGCCUCACGAGGCCCCGGCCCAAGCCUGUUGGCGCCGAUGCCCGAUCAACCUAGCGGCGACGGCGGCGACGACUUCCUCCUGGUGCUGCUUGACCCGGUGGGUGGCGACGUGGAGACAGUGCACUCGUGUCAGGCCGCAGGGCCUGUGUUGAGGGAGGAGGCCGAGGCAGGCCCGGGGCUCCAGGGGGACUACAGCGGCGCGAACCCCGCGGGCUGCUCUGCGCGGGGCCCCAGCUUUUUGUCCGCGAUUCGCAUUCAGGCCCCGAUCUCUGCCCCCAGCCCCGCCGCGGCCUUCACCGGCACAGUCACUAUCCACAACGAGGACCUGCUGUUGCGCUUUGAGAACGGCGUCCUCACCCUGACCACGCCCCCAUCACACUCCUGGAAGCCCGGGGCCGCUCCUGCCCAGAAGCCCCCCAGGUGUCUGAUGGCCCCCCAAGCCGGGUUCCCGCGUGCCGCGCAGCCGAGUGACUGCCCAGAGCUGCCGCCAGACCUCCUGCUAGCCCAGCCGGCCGAACCCGCGCCAGCUCCUGCGCCCCAGGAGGAGGCGGAGGGCCCGGCCGCCGCCCUGGGCCCCCGGGGACAGCUGGGCUCUGGCCCAGGCGUGGUGCUGUACCUGUGCCCCGAGGCGCUGUGCGGGCAAACCUUCGCCAAGAAGCACCAGCUGAAGGUGCACCUGCUGACGCACAGCAGCAGCCAGGGCCAGAGGCCCUUCAAAUGCCCCCUGGGUGGCUGCGGCUGGACCUUCACCACCUCUUACAAGCUCAAGAGGCACCUGCAGUCUCACGACAAACUGCGGCCUUUUGGCUGCCCAGCGGAGGGCUGUGGCAAGAGCUUCACCACCGUGUACAACCUCAAGGCGCACAUGAAGGGCCAUGAGCAGGAGAACUCAUUCAAAUGCGAGGUGUGCGGGGAGAGCUUCCCCACGCAGGCCAAACUCAGCGCCCACCAGCGCAGCCACUUCGAACCCGAGAGGCCUUACCAGUGCGCGUUUUCUGGCUGCAAGAAGACAUUUAUCACAGUGAGUGCUCUCUUUUCCCAUAACCGCGCCCAUUUCAGGGAACAGGAACUGUUUUCCUGCUCUUUUCCUGGCUGCAGCAAGCAAUAUGACAAGGCUUGUAGGUUGAAAAUUCACCUGCGGAGUCACACCGGCGAGAGACCUUUCCUUUGUGACUUUGAUGGCUGUGGCUGGAACUUCACCAGCAUGUCCAAACUCUUAAGGCACAAAAGGAAGCACGACGAUGACCGGAGGUUCAUGUGCCCUGUGGAAGGCUGUGGGAAAUCUUUCACGAGGGCUGAACAUUUGAAAGGCCACAGCAUAACCCACUUGGGUACAAAGCCUUUCGUGUGUCCUGUGGAAGGCUGCUGUGCCAGGUUCUCUGCUCGCAGUAGCCUCUACAUUCACUCCAAGAAACACCUGCAGGAUGUGGACACUUGGAAAAGCCGUUGCCCGAUCUCCACUUGUAAUAAACUCUUCACAUCCAAGCACAGUAUGAAGACGCACAUGACCAAAAGGCACAAGGUGGGCCAGGAUCUCUUAGCUCAGCUAGAAGCAGCAAAUUCUCUUACACCCAGCAGUGAACUUACCAGCCAGGGACAGGAUGAUCUCAGAGAUGCAGAGAUAGUGUCUCUGUUUUCUGAUGUACCAGACAGUACUUCUGCUGCAGUGUUGGACACAGCAUUGGUGAACUCUGGAAUCUUGACUAUUGAUGUGGCUUCUGUGAGCUCGACUCUGGCAGGGCACCUCCCUGCUAAUAAUAAUAAUUCCGUAGAGCAGGCUGUGGACCCUCUGGCCUUGAAGGCCACCAGCGACCCUCCUCAAAAUCUGGAUACCUCUCUCUUUUUCGGAAUGGCGGCCACUGGUUUUCAGCAGAGCCCCUUAGAUAUGGAUGAGGUCUCAAGUGUAAGUGUGGGGCCAUUGGGAUCUCUGGGCUCUUUGGCCAUGAAAAACUCCAGUCCAGAGCCUCAGGCUUUAACACCCAGCAGUAAGCUAACAGUGGAGACAGAUGCUCUGACUCCUUCAAGCACCCUUUGUGAAAACAGUGUCUCAGAACUACUGACACCAACCAAAGCGGAGUGGAAGGUACAUCCUGACUUCUUUGGACAGGAGGGAGAAACCCAGUUUGGAUUCCCCAGUGCAGCAGGAAACCAUGGUUCUCAGAAAGAAAGAAAUGUUAUCACUGUGACUGGCAGCUCAUUUUUGGUUUUUGCUUUGUGAUUACCAUGAUAUAGGAAACAUCUUAUAGAUGAAGGCAUUGAGAGUGGACAGAGGGAAGACACAGAUGCUGGGAUGAAGGGGGAGGAAGUUUGGACCCUUCAUCAGUCUACUGUGCACGAAGACUCAUUCCUGGCCCCCAACAGCUCCUUAAGAGGGGGUGAGUUGAGCAAGCUUGUGGUGGCCUAGUUUCACCAAAAUCCUCUGGAAUCCUGUCAGCAAGAGACCCCAUGACCCCCACAGAAAAUUGAGCUGGCAGAGAGAGCUGUUUGGAGAGGUGGUGUGGGCAGAACUCCAUCUGGUGCAGAACCUGGGGAGUUUGGUGUAGGACAGUGUGUGGUGGAGCAUGGCCAGGAAUGCCCAUCCUCCAAGGCUCAUCUUGCUUCCUUAAGAGACUUUAGCUUUAGGGGAACUGUCGGACCUGCAUAGUUCAGGGCGAUCUUUCCCAUGAGAUGGGGCUGCUCUGAUCUGAUUGCCCUCCUGUCUGCUAGUCCCUCCCAGGGCACCAGUCUGGCCAUUAUGGCUUGCAGUGCAGCCUCAGAUCUGCAGUUGUGGUGCCUCACAGAGACCCACAUGAUAGCUUCAGCACUGGCAGACUGUGCCUGAUCAUUGGAAAGCUCCAGCCAAAUGACCUCCACACACCAGCCCACCCAUGCCCUUGCCCCACUGCUGCUUCCCCUAUGCUGCCUUGCUGGCAUGCACUGGCUCACAGUCACCCUCCACAUUAAUUUACUGGUACGUGUACACAUGGGUGGACUUCAAUUCUCUUUCCCUGCUGGCGCACACGUGCAUGUGCAUUGCACUAAGCCACUGCUGCUGGCAUAAGCACACCCUGCCCUGCCCCCAGUUGUGCCACCAUUGCCAAUGUAAAGGUGCAUAAGGAAACCAGAAGCUUCACCUGCCCUUUGCCACCAUCAUCACUGACACAUUAAUGCAUACAGAGACUGUCAGCUCCAUGCCCAUCAGUGCCCUGCUCCCAUGCUGAUACUGCCACAGGCAUUAAUCUGUGCACAGAGACCAGCAGCCCCAUGCCUCAUCCUGUGUGACUGCUGCUACUGGCAUGAACAUGGGCACAGAGGUUGCUAUCCCUGUGUUCUCCAGUGCCCUGCUCCAUGCUGACACCCCCACUGGUGCAAAUGCAAACGUAGAUGCCUACAGUCCCCUACACUCCACACCUCCACCACGGUGCUGCCAUCAUUGCCACUGCAAACAUCCACAUGGUGGCCAGCAAAUCUGUGCACACCAAUGCCCCACCACAGCCAAUGAGCAAUCACACCACCACAUUGCCAUUGCUGCUGGUACAUGAAAAUGAGCAUGGAUCUAGCUAACACCACAUGACAAAGCAAUCUGCCUGGCACCACCCAUCGGAGUGUUGUGAACAGUGAUCCAGGAACACUUGGGUCCCUCCCGCACAGCAGGUUCCUAACCUCAAGAGACCAGAAAGCAAAGCCAAUGGCUUGAUAUUAGCGGCCGUAGAGUUAAAGCAUGCAUUCCAGGCAUCUUGAGCUCAGCUUUGGUGUCCUAAAAUUUUCCAGAAAUGUAGCCAGUUGACUAAACCCACCUUAUAUUACAAUCAAACUCCCAAGGACAUUAAAGAGGUCAGAAGAACAAAAAUCCCAUCCAAAGGACAGCAAAUUCACAGACUGAAAGAAUACCAACCCACAAAGAUGAGAAAGAACCAUGACAAAAACUCUAGUAACUCAAAAAGCCAGAGUGUCUUCUUAACUCUAAAUGGCUCAACUUGUUCCCCAACAAUGGUUCUUAACCAGGCUGAAAUGGCUGAAAUGACAGAUAAAGAAUGUCAGUAGAAAUGAACAUUAUUCAUACCCAGGAGAACAUCAAAACCCAGUCCAAGGUUUCUAAGGAAUAAAAUAAGAUGAAGGAAAUCAAAGGUGAACUGGAAAUUAUAAGAAAAAAACCUGAUAAGAUAGAACUAAAACACUCAUUUCAAGAAUUUCAUUAUAUAAUCACAAUAUUAGCAGCAGAAUUGACCAAGCUGAGGAAGGAAUCUCAGAACUAGAAGACUGGCUCUCUGAAAUAUCUCAGACAAAAAUAAAGAAAAAAGAAGAAAGAACGAAGAACAAAACCUGAGAAAUAUGGGAUUUUGUAAAGAGACCAAAUUUAUGACUCAUUAGUGUCUCUGAAAGAGGAAACAAAGCAAGCAAUUUGGACAACACAUUUUAGGAUAUUGUCCAUGAAAUGUUUCUCUGCUAGAUAGGACAACAUUCAAAGUUAGGAAAUGCAGGGAACCUCUAUGAGAUACUACAAAAGACAGCCACCCCCAAGACACAUAAUCAUCAGAUUCUCCAAGGUCUAAAUAAAAGAAAAAAAUGUAAAGGCAACUGAAGAGGUGGUUUACCUACAAACGGAACCUCAUCAGGCUAACAGUGGACCUUUCAGCCGAAAUCUUACAAACCAGAAGGAAUUAGGGGCCUAUAUUUAGCAUUCUUAAAGAAAGGAAUUUUCAACUGAGAAUUUCUUAUCCAGACAAACUAAGCUUCAUAAGCAAAGGAGAAAUGAGAUCCAUCUCAAACAAACAAAUGCUGAGGGAAUGCAUUUCCACAAGACAAACCUUACAAGAGGUCCCGAAGUGAGUGCUAAAUAUGGAAAGAAAACACCAUUAUUGGGCACUACAAAAACUCACUUAAGUACAUAGACCAGUGGCACUAUAAAGCAACCACAGAAACAAGUCUGCAUAAUAACCAGUUAACAACAUGUUGACAGGAUCAAAUUUGCACAUGUGAAUACUAACCUUGAUUGUAAAUUAUCUAAAUGCCCCAAUUAAAAGGCACAGAAUGGCAACUUGGAUAAAGAAGCAAAACCCAGUAUUCUGUAAUUAAGAGACUCAUCUCACAAUCAAUGAAAUGCAUAGAUUCAAAGUAAAGGGAUGUAGAAAAUUCUGCCAAGCAAAUGAAAAACAAAACAAAACAAAAAGCAGGGGUUGCUAUUCUAAUUCUAGGCAAACCAGACCUUCAAACAACAAAGAUCAUAAAAGACAAAAGGAGGCAGAGCAAGAUAGUGGAACUGAUGGCUACACAAAUUGUAUUUCUAUAAGGACACCAAUUUACAACUAUCUACACAGAGAAAGCUCCUUCAUGAGAACCAAA